AUGUGUGCAAGCCCGCCGGCAGGAGGCUGCCGCAGAAGCAGGCGGAGGUUUUCGGGGACCUGGCGGAUGUGUGCGGCUUCACCCUGUGCUCGGUGCUCCGGCAGCUCUCCGACCUGUCCCGGCACUCCGUGGGCAUCCUGGAGGAGCUGGAGGGGGGAGCUGGUGUCUGUGUGCCACCGGUCCGGCGCGCUGGAGGGCAGAGUGGUCCGGCUGCAGAGGCGCGUCGCGGAGCUGGUCAGCAAACCUCCACCGAGAGCCACCAGUGGUCUAGAGGCAGAGAGCGGCAGGCGCGGCGGCAGCAGCAGCAGCAGCAGCCACGGCGACGGCAACCACAGCAGCAGCAUCAGUGGCGGCGGUGGAGGAGGAGGAGGAGGCGGCUACGGCAGCGGUGCGGCCCACUUCAGGUCUCCAUGGCAACAGAGCGUGAACGUGUUCGGCUCGUGGAGCAGGCCGGAGUGUGUCGAGGAGCUGCACCAGCAGGCGCAGCUCAACCUCCAGAGCCUGCUGCAAGACUUUGAGGAGCAGUUGUACGACACCAAGCUGACUGGUCAGACGUUCCGGCAUCCGUCCUCGCAGAGCUCUGACGACACGUCCACCUCGCUCAGCCGCUCGCCCAUCUCCCUCAACAACAAGAGGCCUGACUUUAUCUUUCUGCCGGCGUCCAAACAGCUCUACGAUGAUGAAACCGCCUCCUCAGUGUUUGGACUGAGGUCUGUGACCGACCCGUCUCCCUCACCGUCCCCGUCACCCUGCGGCUCAGAUCGCCCCCCGCUGGGCUGGAGUAGUAACAACAGCAGCAGCAGCACCGCCACGUCUGCUACCACCGGGCCGCCUAUUGCCGAGAAACCACGCUGGCAUCCGGGGAGACGUGGUCACUUCCUGCCUCUCGACAUUACGGGUGAAACAGGAGGAGGGAAAUUCCACGGCGUCGACCUCCUCCAGCACUCCCCAUCCCCAUCCCCCUCUCCAGGAGACCCCUUCCCCCACCAGCCCCGCUCGCUGGAACCUGUCACAGACACCUUCCAGCAGAACCUCCCCCUGAGGAAGACACACUCUGACCUCGACACAACCUUACCUGCAGAUAGCACCUUGGAGCAGCGUGCACAGGACCAAAUUCACCAAGGAACUAUGGACCACUCUGGGCUGUUAUGCUCAAACACACCUACCGCUUCCUGGAACGGCCCUAAGGGCUCCACAUUUUCUCCUGGAGGGUGGAACGAAACAUACAGUUACAGCAUGAACAAGGGCCCAGUAGUUCCGCCCAAACAGCACACAAUAAUCGGUAAUGCAGGAGGAGGGAACCAAGAGAGGGUGAUGUUGGUGGGCUCAGGACAGUCGGUGAGCUCUCAUUCCAGUUCAUUCACAGCUGUGACAAACCCUUCUGGGAGAGGAGGGAAUAAAAUGCCAGGGAUAUCUCUGGCAGCCGCAAUGAUGGGGAAGCGGAGUGAGACGGAAGGGGCAGCAGCAGAUGGAGGGAGAGGAGGAGGAGGUGGAGGAGGAGGGGGAGUUGGGGAGGCAGGGAGAGGACGGGAGAGGUCGGCACGUUCCAUCGCGGCAGCCAAUGCCUUCAAGUUCAGGGAACGUUCCCUUUCCACACCCACGGAUUCUGGUUCCUUCUGCUUUUCAGAAGGUGGGUUAGGCCAGCCGGAUGGGAAUAUAACAGACAACCAACAACAGCAUAACAACUUCCUGGGUGAGAACUAUGCGCUUCUCUACCCCAGAGGGAGCUCCGAAGAUAGUGCCAGUACCACAGACACCAUCUCUGUCACAGCUUCAGACUACAGUGCAGAUGGUCGGUUGCGCCUACGCUCCCGCUCGAUCUCGCUUAAGAAGUCAAAACGCAAGCCGCCACCUCCUGUGAGGAGUGUCUCUCUAAUGAAGAAUCUUGGAGAAGCUGAGGGGAGAAUCCACCAUAAAGGCAGCCUUUAUCGGGAUGGCCGGCCAAAGAGCUUGCAUAUCCCAAGGGACCACUACCCAGACUUCCAGCCUGAUUUCCUUCUGCCAAGCUCAUCCUGCACCUCUAAACCCAGUGUUGGUGAGCGGGAGCUGAGCCAGGUAGGCCCUGAUGGACCGCCAAGCCUUGAGAUCCAGGCACCAGAGAGGGAGGGUGAGACAGACAUUACCUUCCAAAAUCACUGGCAGCUUGGGGAUUGGAAAAAUGACCCUUACAGGUCUCUGUCAGGCUCCAGCACCGCAACUGGUACCACCGUCAUUGAAUGUAUGAAAGUCAGAGGUAGUUCAGAGUCCUUGCUUGAUUCUCCUGCCACCUCCAGAGCCACCUCACCCUCACAACUCUCCAUGGAAACGGACGUCAAGGCGUCUUCACCUUUCAGACCACCUGGACUCAUGUCCCCAUCAAGUGGCUAUUCUAGUCAAUCAGAGACUCCCACCCCAACUGUUCCACUCAGUCAAAUGGCAGGGCAUGGGACAACGGGGACAAUGGGGACGUCGGGUUGUAAGUUGCGCCCUAAGAUCCCAGAAAGGAAAUCAUCGCUCCCAUCACCCAAAGACCCAGCUGCAAGGUCGAGAUUGUCCUUUGAGAUGCCUGUAAAUGCCCAUCUAGAGCUGUCAUCCAUUAAGCCAAAGCAGAAAGCUAGCAGACGGCAUUCUGACACCUCAACAGCCGCAAAACCAGGAAAAGGCAGUCCCGGCUCUUCACAAGCAUUGCCUGUGGUUACCCAGAAUGAGCUGAAGACUAUAAGGCUUCGCUCUAUCUCUCGUGGUGACCUGGAAGACUGUCCUGAUGGGGCCUCUGACACCAUCGAAGAAGAACAGCAUGGGCGUGACCUAGGUGAAGACCCAAGCCCUCCACCCACCCUACCUAAACCCAAACCCCCUGUUGCUGUCAAGCCCCCACUGCCCAAGCGACCCCUUAACCUUCUCCUCAAGUCUCCCUCCCCUUCUUCCACGUCCCCCCUCGGCCUUGAUUCACCUCCUGCCUCACCCAUUGAUCGGCCUGUUCCCCUAGGCAACAUCUACAAAGUCAUGAGAAAACCCAAACCCAAAAAAUCUCCCCCACAAACUGCAACAAGUCCCUCUGCUCCCCAUGACUCUUCCAGUUCAUCCCAAACUGCCUAUGACCAUUCAUUCCUCCCCAACUCGCAGUCCCUCUUUGAUCUUCCUCCUCUUCCAGACCCCCAGCCUCUCCUGGAAGACCCAACGAUGGAGCCUGAAUUUGAAGGCAAUCAGGAGAUCCGUCUUGGUCCUGAGGAUGGAGGAUCACUCCCAUCACCAUGCAGUAACCAGGAAGCCCCGGAGCUCCAGGACAAAAGCAAGACACUUCCCUCAAGGAUGACAAUCUCCUGUUUGGCAGAACUGUCAGACAAAAAGAAACCCAAGGUUCCACCUCCAGUACCCAAGAAGCCAAAUGUCCUGCUUCUUCCCUCGUCAGCCCACUCCUCUACCAAUGGAAGCACAGAUAGGCAGACGCCACAGACUGACAGUCCUGUGGGUCUUCGCUCACCUGUGGGAGCAUUCUCACCUGAAGAGUUUCCGAGCGCUCCCAAUGUGUACGAUAUGCCCGAGCAGGAGGAGAACCACUUGGAAAUAGAUGAGGAGAGCUCUAAAGAGUCGUCUCUUCAGGAUUCCUCCCUCACAGAGUUAGGAGGGAAAAUGGCCAGCACUGGGAUUGGAGAGGAAGAUUCUACAGCCAAUGAGAAGACAGUACUCCAUAUUGCAGAGGAAACAGAUGACGACUUGUUGCCCAGCACACCUGCAACACACACCACCGAGGACCUGUUCACUAUUAUUCACAGGUCCAAGCGAAAGGUUCUAGGUCGUAAGGAGCCAUCGGACUCCUUCGGUAGCCGCCAGAGCCUUGUGUCGCCAGUGAAGCACAGCACCAGUGGAAGCGAUCUCCGAAAUCUUACCUUAGGCUGCAGUCAAAGGUCAAGCUCUCGCAACGAGAACUUCAUGGCCCUGCUUCAGAAGAAAGGCAGCAAGUCUUCCAGCGGAGCAACCAGAGUCUCCGCGAUGGAGCUUCUCAAAAGCACAAACCCUCUUGCGCGACGGGUCACAGAGUUUUCAACCACUAUUUCAACAACCAAUGAGGGGGGAGAUGCGGAAUCCGGGUACGGCAAACCAAACGAUCAAUGAAAGGUUUUGUUAACAAUUGUUAACCAGGUCUGACACAGUUACCAACAUAUUCUACGAUGCACCAUUGCAGAUUGGGCAUUCUGACCAAAACGUCCAACUGGAUCGCUCCAACUACUGGCUGACCAUUUGGGCUGUCCAAUCCAAUUGGAGCACAAUUUUGGACAAAGUAGCCCCUCCCAUGGUUGAAGCACUAUUGAUCCCUAUCAAACUGGUCCCUUUAGGAAAGUGAGAAAUCUGUGGAGAGCACAUGUUUUUCUUGCUGUAUUUUCAACCAAAGGUGGAGGCCUUGAGGAUACUCUUCAAUACUGCAUCCACCAAGUUUCCAGUGUUUGGGAUAUGCUCACUGUGGCGACUGGAUGGAUAAAUUGAGAGAUGGAGAUCAUAUUAGGAAUAUGUGGAUAUACAGUGGAUACCUUUUCUUCAGGAUCCAUCCUGAUCAAGACAUCAAGAAUAAUCGAUGGCAUACAUACAGGAUACUUCAAAAGAGCAGUCAUCAGAGAAAUCUAAGAAAUAAAUGGAAUUAAAUACAGAAGAUGUGACAUUUCCAAACGAUAUGUCAACCAUUCCAUGAAAAGUACCAAUUGCGCCACAGCACCAACACCUGUGGAACUACAUGAAAUGAAGGAUUACUAUUUAACAAUGUGAUGAGACCCCAGGGAAACAAGUUCGCCCCAAACCUUGGACAUCCUUGUCUUAAUUCUAUGGUAAUCAAAUACCAUAGCAGGCAUCCUCAUUGACAUUCUCAGAUAACUUGGUGUUCUUAUUUGAGGGGAGGAAACGAAGGAAUAACCAAGAAGAACCACACGGGGGCUUUUUGCCACCAAAGAUGAGGCAUGUAACAGAUUUCUUUGCUCAUGCCCUGCCAUGAACAUGAACGUGGAAUUUCACAAAACAUUCCACAGAAGCACCCAUGGUUGACAUUUUCGAACGCAAGCACUUUUCUUUUUUCCUUGGCAUGGACAGUUGUUUACAUGGCGCAGAUUUUGCAUUGCUCCAUUUUUCCUUUCCUUGAGAGACUCAUCAAUUAUUAUUUUUUCAGCCUUUAUUUUUGUCAUAUAUUUUUUUUCCUACACAUGCUAGAUGGCCAUAUAUUGUACAUGUUUAAUUUGGAUUGUACUGUAUGUAUCAUGUACAAAGAUAAAUGUAACACAUCUAUCAUUUGGAAUCUUGGAUACAAAGACUAAAUAUAGUGUACAGCGCAGCAAGCAGCUUGUACUACAAACUGCCCACACGAUGGAGGGAACACACAGACAAAGACAUUGAAGACAAGAAGAACAGACCUAUCAACACAACGGCGUGUGUGUUCAUACAAGUGUGUGAGGACGAAAUCUUGCCUGUGGAGUUUCUGUACGGAGAGCAUGAAGCAGGCCUGGUUAUUAAACAGGGUUUCUAUUCAUUUUGGUCUCUGGUGAUGGGACCAAAGGACUGUUAAAAAGACAAACAGACCAGAGGGGACCUGGCGGUGUUAGUGUGUGUAUGUAUGUGUGCCUGUGCGUGUAUAGAGGGUAGUGCCAAGAACAAUGUCAGAGAAAAAAGAGAGAAGAAAGAGAGUGUGCUGAAUCUUGUGCAGGUUUAUGGCAUUUCCCUGACUUUGUGUGCACAUGACGAUUGGACAUUUUGUGUUGUGUGAAUGUGUGCUUUCUCCAUCAUCAUCCCACGCUCCCAUCCCCCAAAACCCCUGCCUUUCUUGGGAUAGGAUUAAAAUGAACUAAGCCUCUCUACACCCGCACAUUACUGAACCACAAGGGUUCUGGAGCGAUGCGGGUUUCCGGGACUCCAAGGGGACAAUGCGACCAAAAGAUCAAGAGGAUUCCAGAACCAAGAGGAUUCCAGGAUGCCUGGUCAAGUUUGGAAUUCCAGAAUGGGGUUUGGGGGGGACGUAUGAAUCCUAAGCCACCAGAGCUCGACUGUCAGCAGUGUCGCAUAGUGGCGUUACAGGGCACAUGAGCUGUUUCUGUUAUUUGCCGUCCUCAUUUUCACACGCCGUCUCUUUGGUCUCACAGGGUAGCUGCGAUCAGCUCCCUCCUCCUCCUCCUCCUUCUCCUCCUUUCCGCUCGUUCCUCUCCUCCUCCUCCUCCCUUCAUCACCGUUGGAGCACACACUCCAUCUGUCUCUCUGCAUUCAGCAUCAUCUCUAAUUUUCACUCCCCUAACCCUCUCUUCUGGCAACACACAGUAGCGCACUUUUACUGCAACCUCUCUCUGUUUUCACACGUAGCAUUGCCUCUGUUAUCUUCCCUUCACUUUUGUGACACACCAUCCCCUUUCUCUACCACAUCUCUUUUCUCUCCUCCUCUUCUCCACCUCUCUGCAUUCAGUCUAUGCAUCUGAGCUUGGCAGGCGACACGACACCGGAUGAAUGUCAAUGAAUGACUGUUAAGAACAUUGAUGCUGUGCUUUAUUUCAGAGUGAACAAAACAUUGUUUUAUCAGCGCUUAUCUUAUGCCUUCUCUCUUUCUUGCUCUCUGAGUUUUUAUACUUUUUCUUUAACUUGCUUUGGAGUAUCCAUGUAAGAUGAAAUUGACAUGGAUGGAUGAAUGAUUGGAUAGGAUAUGUGUGUGAACAGAAAAAGGCAGGGUUUGAAUGUGGAUUUGGACAAACGACCUUGACAUUUGGAAGCUGAACAGACCACCCUGAAGUCUCUGGCUGACCCUCACUUCUGGAUUACUGUCUGAGAAUUAAGAUUACUAGUGGUUCAGCUCAAACACCUGAUUUAUCCGUUGCAUGGAUGGACUGUGUGGAGAGAGGAAAGAACCUUUCAUCUCUUGACUCCUAGUCGUCAAACUAUCCCUCGGUGCUAUUGAGUCGGAGUUCCCCCUAAUGAUGGAAAGGAGAAACCACAAAUAACAGGAGCGUAAAAACAAACUCCUUCACACACAUCCCUCAGUCUUUCAGGUCUUUGUGGCAAAAAAAAAAGAGAUAAAGAUUUGAAAAGUGCAUAAAUCUAUCACCAUCUAUGAUGACUAGUCAAGUGACGCUUGUUUUAAAUAUUUAGUGAAUGAAAAAGAUAAACCUAUAAAACUCUGUGUUUGUUUGCCUUGUAUACUGAAUCAUGGGCGUGUUGCUGCAGCGCCUUCUGUGUUUUUUUAUUUGUUAUUUUUUUUAUUUGAACUGCCUUUGUAGUACACUCAACAAACACAAGCUUUCUCAAAACCUGGCCAAAGCAUGGUAAAGGGAGUAUUUUUAAACCUGUAAAGGACUUCUGUUGUUCCCAGUGUGUGCUACAAGUGACUCCAAUAUCUAAAGUAUUUAACUAACAAAUAGUUUGCCCAAAUCUGAACACACUGACCACAUUCACACGGUGACUUUUGUCAAUCGUAAGACUUAAAAAACUUGGAAUACAGUGGUCUGUUUUAACAUUAUUUCCUGAGAGGGAUGUCAGAGGAUAACAGCCACAGUGUGAAUAUGGUUAUUGUAAGACAAGGUCAGGCAGGGUAGUGAUCAGAAAAGUGAAGUUGAUGAAACUACAUUAUUUGAAAUGUACUCAUGGCUUUUGUUCAAAAUUCUGGAACAGAGACAACAAGUACAGUGUUAGGAGAGAGGACAUUUGUUUCAGGGUGUAUACAGAGUGCAACUAAAUAUGGCGUAUACUAUAUUAGGAGAAAUGUGCCACCUUCAGCAUAUGUUCAGGAUCAGCAAACAACACUGUUCCUGUGUAGACAGAUGGCAGAUUUCUUCAACCCGCCUGUCAAAACCGGAGGUACAAACAAUAAAAGAAAAGACAUGUGUACACUGGUGAAAGGAUGCCAAGCCCUACGUACGGAUACAAUCAUCUAAAAUUUAGAGAAAAGUGUCUAUUUAUGAAAAUUUUAUAAAUAUUUUUGAGGCAGAGUUGUGAAGGCAUAAAUGAUCUUAUUGUUCUGCUUGGACAUCAAUGGAAAUGUGGUGCCAUAUUUUUGCUACUGUUUACUUAUUUUAAUAACCAACAUACUGAAAAAGAAACAAUUUGCCCUCAUUGAAUUUGGUUGAUCCCCCGGUCCUUCCCAUAGGCAGGACGGGCAGAUAUGGUACCUUGAAGUAGCUGGGAUUUAAUCGACCAUUAAGAAUAUUUAAGCCUAAAAGACGGCUCUGCCUCCAAGAACUGUCCGUAGAAUUGAAUUGACAAUAUAUUAUAUUGAAAAUGUCUUUCUAUAAAGUGUAAAAAUAGAGCUGACAUGAGAUAUAUAUUAAAUAUAUAGUCCAUUUUUCCCAUCUUAAGGAAAAAGGUAGGGAGAGGAAAGGGAAGGGGAGAAGGUUUGAUUCUGUCAAAUGUUUUGAGAUUGCCAUCACAUAUUCCCUCAUCUUUACCUGCACCUCCCCUCUCUUUCCUCUCAGCUGUCGUGUGACUCAGAAGAGUUAUUAUAUAAAAAAAAGCUUUUCCCCUCACUCUCUUGUUAAAAGGUAUGGCACAGCCAGAAAGUACAGAACACUGCAAUUGGCCAUUAGUUUGGUUUGAUUUUACAGUUAUUUCCUGUGGACACAGACAACAGCCAAGUAGGGAAAUAGCAACCUGAGCAAUGUUGCUACUAUACAUAUAGGCUAUUAGAGCAAUCUUGAUAAGUGAGCCUCAAAGGUGAACACUUUUCUCUAACUAUUGACCUAUGUUUACAUCUUUAUCUUUUGUAAUUAGCGUUAAUUGGUCAGUCUGUUCCCAGAUUAUUUUGUUAUGAUUUAUGGAAUUUGGGUGUUGGUACAAGAGAGUGAAAAAGGGUGAAAAGAACAACAGAGUACGACGGAUAAUGCUAGCAGAUUUGGGCCAAAGAGAAUCUUGAAUUUAAGGGGUUGCCAGAGGUUGGGGGUUUACACUGUUUGGAUAUGUUAUGGGUACUUUUGAGUAGAAACUGAUGUCCCUUGCAUGUAAACCCCCUCCUCCGGCCUAUGAAAGCAAAUAUAAACUCCACUUCAACCCCAGUUAAGGGGCUUUACAGGCAGCUUUUAAAGACACAGAGAUUAAAAAAAAUUAGAGAACAUAAAUAGAGAGAGAAACAGACAGAGUUAUUGGAAUUAAUUCUAUUUUUGUUAUUCCCCAUUGACAAAGACAUAUUUAAAGGAAUAUUCCAUGUAUGUAUUGAAUAACCUGUUUCCCUGCCCCAUCCAGUGGUGUGAUCUGUAGCUGCAAGGUGGCGUCACACACAAAAGCUCCCCUCUGCAGCCAGGACAUGCCAAUGUGAUGAAAUGAUAAUUAUAUCAUUAUAAAUAAAUUAUUUUUCUUGCUUAAAAAAA